AUGGGUGAGGGGAGGCAAGAGCGGGAGGCACAACAACCAUCUUUAUCGUCACACAGCCUGCACACGUCCUCUGUGGCACUGGCCUCGGCGGCGGCCACGGUGUUUACGAAGUCCUUUCUUCACCCCCUAGACACACUGAAAUGUCGUCUGCAGUGCUCGAGCUCCAAGAGCUUGCUGUUUGUCUGGCGCGAGUACGCCGGCAAGUGGGGGCCAAGGUACGUCUACGGCGGUUUGCCUGUCAAGCUGGUUUGCUACGUGCCCUACCAGGCCAUCUACAUGACCACGUACAAUGCAGUGCGAGACACAUUGAACCCUGCAGGUGUCGGUAACGACACAUGUUAUGUGUUUUUUGUGCAUACUUUUCUUGCCGCGAGCGCUGCCGAACUGUCUAGCUGUAUCGUUCGUGUCCCAAUGGAGACGGCGAAGAUGCGCAUUCAAGCCACCGCUGUGCCGAACAGCGGGGCUGCAAUACGGCAGAUAAUCCACCACGGCUUUUUUGCCUGCACACGGCUGGUAAAGGCGCAAACACUACUGCAUGACGUUCCUUAUAGUGUUAUUCAGUGGAUUUGCUAUGAGAGCUUGCGUCCAUGGGGGCAAAGUUUGCGACAGCGGCAUCAGCUCCACGAGGAGCCUGACGGGAGCUCGCGUCUCCAGUGGUAUGUUCAUAGUUUUUUGCGUACCUUUCUUACAGGCGGCUUUAGUGGUCUUCUAGCCUCUACGAUAACCGUUCCACUGGACACAAUUCGGACCCGUGUGGUGGUGGCUUCUGCGGCUAAUCCAUCCACAACAGUACGCAGUGUGGUGCGGGACACGUAUCGUCGUGGUGGUGUCGCUUUCUUUUUCCGCGGAGGAUGUACCCGCGUGGUGUGGGUCUCGGCAAACAUGGCGAUGUAUUUUCCUCUGUAUGAAAUCUUUAAGAUGGAACUGCUGCAUCGGCAGGAGCCGGUGGUGCGAGAGCCGUUGUGA